CGUGCAUAAGGUGCCCUGUGAAUUCACACACACACGUGAACACAUGCCCACAUACGUCUCUCUUGAGACGCAGGAGUUCAAUUUGGCAGUGAAACCUGCCAUGAUCCGUGCAUGUCAUUUUUCGCACAAACGUGCUGUGCUGGGAGUUUCUCAGGCCUGACGUUUUGCUAGAAGGGCAAAUAUUUUGGCGUAUUUUCUGACUCCAUCCUACUCGAGCACAGAGCAGCUAUCGGCUUUCAGCAUCGAAUUGAUACGGUGAGAUCUCAUUAAAAGCAUCUAUAAGGGGUAUGAAGCUGGUUGCGGGGUUGGCGGUAUUAUGGCUGUGGGUGGCAGAAGCGGUGGAAAACUGCCCCAGCGUUUGUAAAUGCAGCCAAAAAUUUAGUUCGGAGAAGACUGAAGUCAAUUGUCAGAAGAGGGGACUUGAAAACAUCCCACCCAAACUCCCUCUGGACUCAUGGAUCCUGAAAAUGGGUGAGAAUUUACUACAAGACGUCCCAGCCAACAUUCUAACCUCCUCUCCAAAGAUCGAGAGCGUAAACUUGGAACGAAACUCAAUUAAGUCGAUAGACCCUCAAGCGUUUGCCGGUGCCCAACGACUGAAGCUUCUGAAUCUGCAAGGAAACCAGAUUUCCAAACUCCCAGUGAAGGGCUUUAAAGACCUCCUAAAUCUUCGUUUUCUCAUGCUGGGCCACAACCAGAUAGCUAGCCUAAAACCUAACAUGUUUAUCGGCAUGAGGAAUCUCUCAGAUCUUGAUCUUCCCCUGAACUCUCUCACUGCUCUCCCACCAAAUGCAUUCAAGCCUCUGAUCGCCUUAAAGGUUCUGGACUUAGCGCUGAAUCGUAUCCAGAGGAUCUCGCCAAAAGCCUUAGUUGGACUUGAAGAGCUGAUUUUUCUCAAUUUGGACAAUAACAAAUUGAAGAACAUCCAGGCUGGGACCUUUGGGCCUCUGACUGGCCUUGAGAUGCUGGUGCUGGACAACAAUCUGCUUUCCACGCUUGCUACAUCUACACUGGAAGGUCUUUCCAACCUGCGGGAGCUCUAUGUAAGAAAGAAUGAGAUCGAGAGUCUGCCAGCUGACGUCUUUCGUCACACGCCUAAACUUACUCAUGUGGGAUUGAGUGGGAAUCGGCUUCAUAGUAUUGAUGGCAACAUGCUAGCUAACAUGCAAGGAUUGAAGGAGGUGUAUCUGUUCGAUAACCCAUGGAAAUGUGACUGCAGUAUCAACUCGCUGGUCCAUUACAUAGCCCAGAUGAAGGCUAACCAUUCUCCUCUGCAAAGACUUCUGUGUGUUAGUCCAGAAGAGGUUCGCAACAGGCCAAUCCAUCAGCUAAAAUCUGACGAACUACACUGCAAGGCCUAGAAAUUCCUCACGUCUGAUAUGCCAUCACGAACGACCUCUAAACGUUUGGAGCGCUGUAUAAUAACAGUGUGAUAUUUGCUGGAACUGAAAGGUGAUACUUCACAUAACUUCAGACACAAUGACUUUGACAGGUUAAUGAUAGCCGUGCCGUUCUGUAGAUAAUCAUCAUUUUCAACCGCUACGCUAUUUUUAGACCACCUGGAGAGCCUCUCAACUAAACUAAACCUGGGUGCAUAUUUUAUGAAUUUGGCCACGAUUUAGCUUAUGAUCACUUAGUGUGACGAGUUAACUGAAUGUUUUUCAUUUUAAUCUGACAAUAGUUCUGCUGUCAUAAGAAAUAGUCUGUCAUAAUAAUAAUCUUGCAUAACUUUGUGCAUUGGUUACAUACUUUAUUUGAUAUAUAUUAUUAUGUACUUAAUGUAUACAAAGUGUGUCUUUUUAAUCGUUGCUUGCAUAGAAGACUAAAUGUAAGCUAAAUGUAAGCAUGUUUAUGUAUGUGACAAAUAACCAGAUGUCCAUUUGAACUGCUGUAUGAUGUUAGAUUUAGUUGCUGUCCUUUCGAAACAUCGGAUGUCCAAAUUCUCUGUUUUUCAGGAAAUGGAAAAAACACAGUCCUUUUUAAACUAUUAAACACUGUGUUGUCAAAGUUGACCAGCAUGUUUUAAUAAUUUUAAUUGGUUAGAUAUUUGCAAAACCCAGUGACGCACAUAAAGGGUGGCUUAUAAUAAUGAUUAAUGACAUAAAAUAAAAACCACGAAAUAUGGAGAUACGAUGUUUCAGAAGGACAGCAGCGGUUUUGUUUAAAGGGAUAGUUCACUUAACAAUAAAAAACCUGUUAUCAUUUAUUCAUCCUCAUGGGGUUCAUGACCUGUGUGUGACUCUUUCUUCUGUGGAACACAAAAGAAGAUAUUUUGAGAAAUGUUUGAGUGAUUUUGUGUUCAUACAGUGGAAGCAGUGGGGUUCAAUGUUGUUUGGUUAUCAACAUUCUUCGUAAUAUCUUCUUUUGUGUUCUGGAGAAGAGGGAAAGUCAUACAGGUUUGAAAUGACAUGAGGGUGAGUAAAUGAUGACAGAAUUUUCAUAUUUAAGUGAACUUUCCACUUUAAUGGCAUGUCAAAUGAAUAUUUAUCCGUAUAAUGCACAUAUACGGGAUAUAUCAAAUAAAUUUGUCUGCUCAUCGUCAAACUGCCCUUGUGCAAAUCAUUUUUGUUAGAGGCAGUGAAGCUUUGAAAUAGCGGUUAGAAAGUAGCGUCUGCUCAGAGAGCGACUACAUACUUUCACCACCACCUGAGACUGAAUUCCUCAUCGGAUUGUUACAGCUGAAUAAGCGUCCUUUCAAAUCAUCAUUCUGUCUCGAAAUUCCACCCAGGGCACUGAGCACCUCCAUCUCAAAAGCUGGAAAAGUGUUACAAACUAUGCGUUACAUUUCAUACUUAAUUCUAAAUGACAGUAUUUUCUUGAAUUAUGUAUCAGAUGUUUUAGGAUAAAGGUGAGUCCUAUACGAAGACGGCGAGGGCAGGACUAUUGCAUAUUUCUAUAAACAUUUA